AUGAAGUUCGACUGCAAUUGGUGCCACGGCGGAUGUUGGAAGCCCGAGCAUGAGGCGCCGCAUCUCGCGCAGACCUACCUCGCCGGCCCAUCCACGCGCCUGGCCUUGAUUCACAAACGCAAAUUGCUGAAAGCUGCAACGGAAAAUGAGAUUGAGGCUACAGGCCUGAGAACAAUGGAAGUCUUGUCGAAGCUACUCGCCCACGAGGUUGCUUUGAGUCAUGAGAUGCGCGACAUGACAUACGAGCCAGCGAGUCUUACCACCCUUCCGAACGAGCUACAGAGGAAGAUCCUGUCCUAUGUCGUUUCAAUCGAGCAGAUCAGCUCUUCGGAAAUAUACGACAUGAACAUCAUCGAUUACAUCUUCGGACAACAGAAAUUCUGCCCUCCCAUGAAAGGCCUCAUCGAUCCAGCCCGCGCGUCCAAGGCACUCUUCACCGCUGCCAUUUCGACGCUACUGGAAGAAGACACCGUAACCACAGCCGUGUUCUUCGCCUGCGUUGGGCGACGAAACUCCCUCAGCUUGACGACUCAUCGAUUCUGCAUAUCAUUCGACGGUCUGAAACAGCAUGUGCGACGUCUCGUCGUCUCAUUCGUGCCCCACCUUUAUGCCCGCGAUUCAUACUGGUUGCCGACAAUACUUGAGCGAUGCCUAAAGCUGAUCCCCAAAAUCAACCAGUUGUACCCUAGAUUGUCUUCCCUGUUCUUCCAGGCGCCCUACCUCACACCACUAGGCUUUUGGGAGACUUCGAAUCAUCAUAUGAUCGCGAAGAAAGCAACUCUGGAGGUAUUGAGGACUUUGCGGGGACUGAAGCUACGCAGAGCUACGCUUCAGGUGCCAAACCUUCCCAAGCAAGAUUGCAACGCAGAGGACUUUGAAGAAACGUUCCUUGUGGCGUACGACGCAUACUACACGUCGCAGGUGUAG